GUGGAGGCCGGUGUGGAAUAGAAUCGUUAUUUUUAUAUCUCUGGCCUCAGUGCGUGACGUCACCGCUGUACUACGUCCAUUACCCAGAAUCCUAAGUGGGAUAUUGUCACUGUAAUGUCAGAAUGGGCAGAUCAGGAGUAAUACGUGGCACACAGAAUCGCCCAAAGAAGGUGCCAAUAUCCCCGAAUAAACAGCCUGCAACUGACACACUGGACUCCCCACUCCAGCUUUCCCCAUAUCACUCCUUCUCCUCAUUGGAGGCUGACACUCUGAGGACGCGUCUGCUGUCUUGGUAUGACCAAUCUAAGCGAGACCUGCCGUGGAGGAGGCUGGCCAGUACAGAAUGUGACUUGGACCGCAGAGCGUAUUCAGUCUGGGUGUCAGAGGUCAUGCUGCAGCAGACUCAGGUGGCCUCAGUCAUUGACUACUACAACAAGUGGAUGAAGAAAUGGCCAACCGUGCAUGAUCUCGCUGCGGCAUCACUUGAGGAGGUCAAUGAGAAGUGGUCAGGUCUGGGGUAUUACUCCCGGGGCAGGCGGCUGCAUGAAGGGGCACAGAAGGUGGUGGAACAGAUGGGAGGUCAGAUGCCCCGCACUGCAGAAGACCUACAGAAACUCCUGCCAGGAGUGGGGCGAUACACGGCUGGGGCAGUGGCUUCUAUAUCCUAUGGGCAGGUGACGGGUGUCGUGGACGGAAAUGUGAUAAGGGUUCUGUGUCGGUUGCGAUGUAUUGGAGCGGACGCCAACACCCCAGCGGUCACUGAUGCCCUUUGGAACUUGGCAAACGCUCUUGUUGACCCAGAUCGACCAGGAGAUUUCAACCAGGCUAUGAUGGAACUAGGGGCCACGGUCUGCAUGCCCAAAAAACCCAUGUGCUCCGAAUGCCCGCUGCAGAACCUAUGCCAUGCUUAUAGGAAGGUGGAGCUGGAUUCUGCAUCCGCCCUUAGUAAGUUUGUGAACGUAAGAGCUGACAAUCAGCCUGGGAUCAUCUCUGACAUCGAGGAAUGUGCAGCGGUCAUGUCAUGUCCACUAUGUAUUCCACCAAGUAACCCGUGGGACCGCAGCAUGGGUGUGGCAAACUUUCCUCGCAAGUCUGCAAAGAAAGCAUCGCGAGUGGAGCAAACCGUGACCUGUGUGUGGGAAAGAUGCGGAGAGUUGGGGGAGAUGGAGUAUUUAUUAGUACAGAGACCCCAGACAGGGCUUCUGGCUGGGAUGUGGGAGUUUCCCAGCAGGCUCUUGGAGAAGGACCACACUGUGAAGGGACGGGAGUGUACUCUAUGCAGUCGUCUCCAUGAAGUGACCGGUCGGGAGAUCCCGGUGAAAGACCUGCAGUUUGCAGGGGAGGUCGUCCAUAUCUUUUCCCACAUCAACCAGACAUAUCUGGUCUAUUUCCUGUCCCUGAGCCACCCAGAAAGUGUCCGUAUAAAGGAAGAGGAUACGGAGUAUCUCAAUUACCGCUGGGUCACCAUGAAACAGUUUCUAGAUUCUGCCGUCUCCACCGCCAUGAAAAAGAUUAUAAAGAUGUGUGAGGGUAAGAACUUGCUGAGCAGCGGCACAGAUACGACGAGAAAAAGGAAAAGGAACGUAGCGGGCACUCAACCAUCAACCAGGAAGGUCAAGAUGGAGGAGAAGCAGAGGUCAAUACAAAGUUUCUUCAAACCCACCCCCAAGAAGUGACCUCUAACCGGAAAUACCGGAUUCUGCCGGGACAGAACUGUGAUAUUUUAUUAUCUAGCUGCUUUUUGCAGCAACAGCUUGGAAAGGUCAUAGCUGGUAUUAGCCACCAUCUGAUCAAGCUGAUAAAUAGCUUUAUAAGUGGCUACUGACAAAUCAGAACGGUUGCAUCUCAUUGCUCUCAUUGUAGACCAGAAACCUACCAAUCUUACAUUUUAUAUAUUUUUAUACUGAAUAAUGAUAUUUAGAUGUUCCCUGUACAUGAAUCUGUGUAAUUAUGCACACUGGCUUUCAGUAUACUUAUCCGCUGGGAGACAGAGACACUUACCCCGAUUAUGGAAACUGACUCUUAUGCGCCACUUAAAAACGGUGUUAGAUUUUAUGUUCACUGGUCGUAUUAAAAGCUAAUGUUUUUA